GCCUGCCGGUCCGUGGAGCCCGCCCCGUGACUUCAAGCGCGGCGACGGCGAUGGGGACGAGCAGCCGUGUGGCGCUGCGAUUGGGGUCGCUGCUGUGGCGCGGGGCUGCCUCCCGGGGAGGGGAUUCCGCGGUAGCUGCCAUGCCCCGGCUUCAGCUGCUGGCGCUGGGACGCCUCCCCGCGGGACCGGCGCCUUUCCGGGCCUACCUGACUCCGGACCUUGUGUGCGGCCUGCACAGCAGGCCUCAGCGGGACGAGCGGACGGGCGGUGAGGCGCGCCCGGAGCCCGGCGCCGCAGAUCAUACUGGUCCAAAGUUUGACAUCGAUAUGCUGGUUUCACUUCUGAGACAAGAAAAUGCAAGAGACAUUUGUGUGAUCAAGGUUCCUCCAGAAAUGAGAUAUGCUGAUUACUUUGUGAUUGGCAGUGGAACUUCCACUCGGCAUUUACAUGCCAUGGCCUACUACAUUGUGAAAAUGUACAAAUACCUGAAAUGUAAGAGUGAGCCUCAUGUUAAGAUUGAAGGGAAGGACACUGAUGACUGGCUCUGUGUGGAUUUUGGUAGCAUGGUGAUUCAUUUAAUGCUUCCAGAAACCAGAGAAACGUAUGAAUUAGAGAAAUUAUGGACUCUACGUUCUUAUGAUGACCAGUUAUCUCAGAUACCACCCGAAAUGUUACCUGAAGACUUUAUUCUUGGAAUAGAAGAAGAGGACACUUCCUUGUUGACUCCAGGGGAGUUCAAAUGUGAAUAAAACUAGAUGAACUGUUUCAGAUUUGGAUUUAGUCACUUGGAAAAUACAGCUCCCUAAAGCCUAACUUCCUAGGUUAGGUUGCCAGUAGAACAAGUCUUGUCUAUGUCAUGGGCACUCACGCUGACUGACUCACCAAGAUGACAGAUAAAUGAGUUAAUGCUUGCGU